GCCGCCGGGGUGCGCGGGGCGGCUGCCAGGAGCGGGGUUCUCUCCCAGAACGCUCUCUUUCGAAUGCCGGCGCCGCCGGAAGAAGGGGCUCUCCCGAGCAAUGCUGGGUUUGAGUAUCGCUCCCAAACUCCUACCCUAAGUGACGUUCACCUUUUUCCUACACCCGGCCGUAGAGAAAGGAGGAAAGUUAAGGCCGAAAGAAUUUAGGGUGCGCCCCCAGGGGUUGUUUUGUCAAGACGCUCCUAUUGCGAAAUCUGCGGUUGAAAAGAAACCUUUUAUUUUUAAUAAGAAGAGAAUGGAUGGAGAAGAGAAAACAUACGGUGGGUGUGAGGGCCCAGAUGCUAUGUAUGUGAAGUUAAUAUCCUCUGAUGGCCAUGAGUUCAUUGUAAAAAGAGAGCAUGCAUUAACAUCAGGAACAAUAAAAGCUAUGUUGAGUGGACCAGGUCAGUUUGCAGAAAAUGAAACAAAUGAGGUGAAUUUUAGAGAGAUCCCAUCCCAUGUCCUAUCCAAAGUAUGCAUGUAUUUCACCUACAAGGUCCGCUAUACUAACAGCUCUACGGAGAUUCCUGAAUUCCCAAUUGCACCUGAAAUUGCACUGGAACUUCUGAUGGCUGCAAACUUCUUAGAUUGUUAAAUAAAAUAAAUUAUAAUAAAAAAUGUAAAA